CCUUUUCCCCCAAAUGCCUUACCUUUACACGUGUGCGUCUCUCUCGCUCUCUCUCUUUCUCACUCUGUGUUUGUUUACAGUGUAAUGCCUCUGCAAGCAACAACAGACGAAGAAGACUGGGUGAGAUUGUGAUGGGUUCGCUGGUUCCUCCUUCAUGCAGCAAGAGCUUGCUGUUAAUGUCCACUACGACUACUGGGUUGCAAUUCAGCGGACGAGGAAGACGAUGGAAGGGGAAGAAGCUGAGUCCUCCAAAUUGGCAAUGCCUUGAGCUAUUAAUGAUUGAUAAAUCACAAUCAAAAUCAAAAUCAAAAUCAAAAUCGACAGUGAUGAUCAUUGAGAACCAGAUGAUGAAACCCGCCACUUACUCCUCUAGAAUUUCCACCGACAUCCCUCUCUAUGAAUCCCCUCGGGCUUCUUUCGAUCAAUAUUUGGAGGAUAAACCCAGAGUCUUCAAAGCAAUGUUCCCUGACAAACAAAGAAGCCAACGACUUAAUGAGGAAGAGUGGAGAGUCCAAAUGUUACCCAUACAGUUCCUAUUCCUGACUGUCUGGCCAGUGAUAGACAUGAGAUUGAGAUGUAAAUCAGAAGGGGUUGAUUAUCCACCUGGAGUUCCUCAAGAUAUCACUAGGGUUGUUGAGCUUGACAUCAUAAGGUGGGAACUCCAAGGUCUAAAUGACAUCGUCAAGCCAUCUGAAUUUUCCCUCGGUGUUAAAGGAGCCUUGCACGCUCAGAGACGGGGAACUCAAACCCGACUGAAAGGUCAAUUACAGAUGAGCAUAAGCUUUGUUCUCCCUCCCGUCCUUGCUUUGGUGCCUGAAGAUAUUCGUCGGGACAUUGCAGAGUCGGUGCUCGAGAGAUUGGUGGAGAACAUGAAGGAUAGAGUUAAUGGUAGGUUGUUGAAAGAUUAUAGCGAGUUCAAGAGGGAGAAGCUCAAGGCCAUAGUUUGAACUUGUGCUGUUUGCUCCAUUGAUAUAGAUUCAGAGAGCUAGAGUAGUUUUACAGGCCCCGAGCAGGAUAUAAGGCAGACCAAGUUUAAAGGACUAGAAAAGAUGCCUAAAAGGGAACUAAAAGAACAUGGAAAUCCUGUAAAGAAGUUUUUCUCACUCUUUAGCGUUUACAAUCUGUGGACAAUUUAUUAAAGAUGCGUGGUUUAUACCCAACCAAAAAAAUGAGGAAGAAGUUUCACUGUGAUGGCAGUUUUGGUUCUUCCAAAGAUAGGAAAUUAUCAAUAUGGAUGUUACCAACAUCAAUGAAAAUAUCUUGAGCUUUUACUGCUCUGUGGACAUUAUUUAUCUAUGGCAUUCCGAGGAAGAAGAUGGGUAUUCAUCUGCUUUAUUAUUUGUGGUAGGAAUUUUACAGAAAAAUAAGGGUUAGGAGGAGAUUAUCUAUGGUAUGAGGAUGGAUAUUCUAUCUAGCUUCUUGUUUAUUGUUUGUGGUAGGAAUUUUACGGAAAAUAUGGGUUAGAAAGCCCUUCUCUAUUUACUGUAUAUCAGGUCGAGAUAUGUAGGGUCAGAUAUAAUAUGAGGUGGCUCUUACAUGUUUUUUUGUUUUCCUA